ACGAGAACUGAUUUGGUUUAGUUUGAUUUUCUGAGACAAUGUUUUCGCCGGUCCAUUUAAAAUUAUCACAGACGAAGAAGUGGUUGGCUUAUGAAUAGACCUCAACGGUUCCGAGUGCUUAUUCUUUAUGUAGGCAAGACGGGUAUUUAUUAUUUUGAAGUUAUAUUUCCAGUCCAACCGUCGUUAGCUCCUGCUAUCUUGACCGAUGCAAGAUGAUAUGAAGUUACAAAGCCUCAGACCAAAACAAGGUUUUGCAGCCUGUGGUGCAGUAACUUCUCCUUGCUAUGAAUGGGACUUGCCUCUUCUCACUGUCGGGUUUUCGAGGCAAAUGCCUUUUAAACCGAAGGUUCCGCCGUUUGUCUCAUCUCGGAGCCCCAGCGAAAAGUACGGUUUGCCCAUGUAGAUCAACAUGUACUGUCCAACACUGAAAACAAGGACGCUGUCGUAGCUGGAGGAGGAGUCCCUGCCCUUACUGUUCCUCUUCCUCCUGUGAUCAAUGACCGGUCCUAACUCCCCAAGCCAAGCCGGCACCUCCCCAGCCAAGCUGAGCAGGCACGGUCGGUCCAAGAGCACCAGCUCGCACUGCCUCCUCCGCUGCAGCACCCGGGAGGAGUCUUCUGCUUCGCCCCCAAACAACAGUCCCCACUCCCCUGGGGAGAAAGAGGAGAAGGAUGGAGGGGUUCUUUUCUACGUCAACCGGACUGGUUUUCCUAUUGAGGGUGUCACCUGGGAAAGAAUGUGGUCCCAUGUGGCUGCUGUGCACCCUGAGGGCCAGGAGAUGGUCGACAGGAUACGAAACGCUGCAUACCUUCCCAGGCAUCCUGUUCCCUCACUCCCGACCUUCAGACCGUCCAUGUCGGUCCCAGACUGGCUCGUGGCCAUCCAGAACUACAUGAAGGCUCUGCAAUACAACCACACAGGAACCCAGUUCUUUGAAAUCAAGAAGAGUCGUCCACUGUGUGGGUUAAUGGAGACAGCAAGAGAGAUGAUCAGGGAGUCUUUGCCAAUCAAAUGCCUUGAAGCCGUCAUCUUGGGGAUCUACAUGACCAAUGGGCUGACAUCUCUCGAGCGUUUCCCCAUCAGUUUCAAGACUCAGUUUUCAGGCCACUGCUUCCACCACGUUGUGCUUGGCGUCUACUGCAAUGGCCGAUAUGGUUCUCUGGGCAUGAGCCGCCGUCAGGACCUGAUGGACAAACCGCUGACACACCGCACGCUGGGAGAACUGGUGGCUGAGUUUGAGAGCUCUUACAAGAGAUACCAGCACACGCUGAAAAAGGUGAAGAUCGGCCUGUACGUGCCUCAUGACCCCCAUGUCUUCCAGCCAAUCGAAUGGAAGCAUUUGAUGCUGAAUGCUGCACGAUUGGGAGCUCAGGAAAUGAGGAAGGAGCUGGAGAAACACGGCCGAGACAUGAGGAUGAAGAUCCUGAAAUCAUCCAGUGCCCAGUCACCAAUCAAGGAGCGGAGCCGGGGGAAAUCUUUAUCACCACGGCGACGACAGAGCAGUCCACAGCGACGCUUCCCACAUCGCAGAGACAAGUCGCCGGCCUCAGUGGACAAGAAACCUCCAGAGCUCAGCACUCUCAACGACGGCUACCAGAUCCGCAUCUGAUCCCCUGCCUCCACCUCCAGAACACUUCAAGUCCUCCCACACCCGUCUGAACACUUCAACCGCCCUGCAGAAACCACUGAUCUGGACCAGUGAUUUCAGUAACAUAUCCACAAAUACAAAGAAAAAAAGGAAAGAAAACGGAGAAAAGUCAGGAAAAAUUUAACAGGUUUUGUACAAAUAACUCAUCAGAUUUAAGGAGCCACUGAUCUCAACAGUAAUGGUAUUAAAAAAUUGAAAAUAUGAAAGACAGAAUUAACCAGAAUGACUAUAGAUGUAAAAUAUAGGUCAAAGUAUUUAUAUUGUGCACUGAACUCUAUACAGUGCUCUGACAUCACGUAAAGCACCUUUAAAAAAGGCUGUAUUCAGCCCGUGUGUUCACACAGUAAACUAACACACCGUUGGCCAGCUGUUUGCUGCAGACACAGCUGGAAAAUGAGACAAUUCAACUGAUCCACGUUCAGCUGCAGCCAGUUUGUCCAGUCAGACAAAGAGCAAAGGCAGAAGUUGUCGGCUGAGUGAAUGCUGCAACAGAAGCCUCAUUCAUGUCACGUUUACAAGACGAGCGCCAAGUAACACGGUGAUGAAUGUAUUUUGGUUUAAAACCCUGAUAACAGAAAUCACAUUUAGUCAGUAGUGGAACAGUCUGUCUGUAUGUCCACAUCUGUUACACCCACAGAACGUGUCAGUCUUCAGACUGAGAACUACAGGAGUCGGUCCCCCCGCUGCUGCACUCUGACCAGCUCUAGUCACAGAAUGGAGGCGUUAGAUGUCCUGCUUAUUGGCAUCCUGAGGGAAUCUAUAGGGAGACUACAUAAAGGAUUUUCAUUCAGAUUAAAUCCUUAAUUUAAAUAAAGAAACUUUCAAGACUGGAUCGCUGAAAGUUGAAUUGAUGAUACAAUCAUCUGUCUGCUUGAAGGAACAACCGACUUCUGUGGUUUUCAUCUGAAAUUGUAACUUGAAGGACAAAUUGUGUGCAAAGAUCUUUGUUCGGCUACGCUGCACCAGGUACAUGUUUUGGGGGGGGGGCUCAAACCUUCAGUCCUGGCUGUUUAAACAGGUGCUGUCCACGUUAAACAUCAAACACACACUGUGUAGUGUACACCACUUGGAACCACAAGGCGUACUACAACGAUGGCACCAAAUUCUGAAAAAACAUGCUACAAAAGUGCUGCUUAGAAACAGACCAGUAGGACACCAGUGCAGCGGCGUGGCUCCCUGGGGCAGGUUUAAUAGUUUCUAGACAACAGUGACACAGACCAAGGAGACCCAGGGUCUGGAGUCACGGACAUUUUGGUGAGUAAGUCACAUUCAUCGUUACUGUUACCCCUAAAUUCUACUGGAUGCGCCAGCAUUGCGUUCCGUUUGUGGUGCGGUUGCCGGAGCUGAUCACUGCCAGUCUAGUCGAUGGCUGUGAUUACACCAGGCCCCCCUGGUUGGGUCCUCCAUCUGUCCCACGUGUGGCUCUUUGGUCCGCUUCGCUAAAGAUACACAUCAAUUUUUUUUUGAAUGUCGCUUCUGACAAAGCUGAGCCCACCAAUCAGAUGACGCUUUGCCUGAAAGAUAUCAGUGUGAAACAAAGGCUAUGAAAUGAUUGAGGAUGAGUGCACUGUUAACAGCAAACAUAGCCACAAAUCUUUGAUCCGUGUUUCAUAACUGUAACCAAUAAAUUAAAUUGAACCUUUAACUGUUGUCUGUCUGUAGGUGACAGCAUCAGUUGGAGGAUUGUGGGGCUCUUUGUUCAGACUGUGAGUUUAUUUGAUGUAUCGCUUUUUGCUGAAUGUUACAGGGACCGAGAACUACAUCCGUUCUAUCGUAGCUUUUUGUUUCAACAGUAAGCUAUGCACAUGCUGAGUUAGAGCAGGUUAUGAUUAAAAAAAACAAAAAACAAGAAUCCCAGUCUUCCACAAUUCACA